AUGAAAAGAAAAUACAAUUAUUUUUUUCUUCACUUUUCCAGCUCAUUUUCAUUUUCAUUUUCUUUCCUUGGUACCAAACAAACAUAGUGUAAGAGAGAGAGGGUUUGUAAUUUUUUAACAUUAAAAAAAGGCGCGGCCACGGUGUGUGAAUCAAAAAUAUCUUUCAUACAAAUUGGAGGAGACCUAGCAAAAGUAAACCGGCAUCAGCACCAGCAGCAACCAACUCCUGCGCCUCACUCCACAGCUGCACCCAGUUUGCCCUAACUCCUUCUUCUCUAUCUCUAUCUCCAUCUCUCUUAGGUUGACGUAGAUGGGAAGCUUCGCAAACAAUAGCAGAAAUGGCGGCGGUGCAGCCAUGGUGGACAAGGGCGUCGAUUUCGCUAAUUACUUCUGCACAUAUGCCUUUCUCUACCACCAGAAGGAGAUGCUCUGCGAUCGUGUUCGCAUGGACGCUUACUACAACUCCAUCUUCCAGAACAAGCACCACUUUGUUGGAAAGACUGUGUUGGAUGUGGGGACUGGGAGUGGUAUUCUCGCAAUAUGGUCAGCUCAAGCCGGAGCAAGGAAGGUCUAUGCUGUGGAAGCUACUAAAAUGGCUGAGCAUGCCCGUGUCCUUAUAAAAGCAAAUAACCUUGAAGGUGUGGUUGAAGUGAUUGAGAGCAAUAUGGAGGACGUUUCUCUCCCCGAGAAAGUUGAUGUGAUUAUCUCCGAGUGGAUGGGGUAUUUCCUUCUCCGCGAGUCUAUGUUUGAUUCGGUGAUAUAUGCCCGUGACCAUUGGUUGAAGCCAACUGGAGUAAUGUAUCCUAGUCAUGCUCGUAUGUGGGUGGCACCUAUCAGGUCUGGAAUAGGAGAGCAUAAAAGGGGUGAUUAUGAUUUGGCUAUGGAGGAGUGGGAUAAUUUUGUUGGUGACACAAAAACUUCUUAUGGUGUUGAUAUGAGUAUUUUAUCAAAACCUUUCUCAGAAGAGCAGAAAAAAUACUAUCUACAGACAUCAUUGUGGAGCAAUCUUCAUCCAAAUCAAGUUAUAGGAUCCCCAGCCAUAAUAAAGGAGAUUGAUUGUUUAACGGCCUCUGUCAGUGACAUUCUUGAAGUUAAAGCAGAUAUUUUUUCGUCAAUAACAAUGGAUCGGACAAGGCUCUGUGGUUUUGGGGGAUGGUUUGAUGUUCAUUUUCGAGGAAGAAAAGAGGACCCAGCUCAGCAAGAAAUCGAGUUGAGUACUGCACCUUGUCCAAAUAAUGGCACGCAUUGGGGGCAACAGGUUUUUCUUCUGCAACCUCCCGUCCAAGUUGACCAAGGCGACAAAUUAGAUCUUUCUUUCUCAAUGAUUCGCUCUAAGGAGAAUCAUCGACUUUUGGAGGUUGAGUUUGGCUGUGAGAUUACACAAUCUUCUGGCAAGAUUCCACACUUCAAGAACAAGUUUUUCAUUGAAUAAGAAAAAAGCAAUUCUCACAGUUUGGCUUUGACUUUUGACAAAGUAUCUGUAUGCUCUGCAAACUCGUCACAAGUCUUCUGCUCUAAGUGGCUUCUUCAGAAAUGAUGAAAUCUACAUAUGGACAAUUUUUUUUGUGGAGUUUUGCAGCUGUUUUUGGUAGUUGGUUUUAUUUUGUAUUUUCGGUAAUUCUAUCCUUCUAUUACGUUAUUAGCAAAUUAUAACAUAUACUUUAGAGGUUUGUAGUUUGUACAAUGCAAAAGAAGUAAACAUUGGUGCAGAUGUCAAAUUAAAAAUUUCGAAGAAAAAUGAAUCGUAAACAAAGUUUAAUGGUCGAA